AUGGCCAAUUACAGGGACGACGUACAAGAGCUCAUGGACCUCAUCUCCACCCUCCGCGGCUUCCCAAGCCACCCUUCGAAAGACGUGUACGGGAGGGACACCAGGGUCGACUUCAACACCUUUGAUCUUCAGUGGAGCAACCAGGACGACGACCCAACCGGCAACGAGGUCUCUGAGAUUGCGCCUGAGCAGAAGGAUGAUUUCAACAGGAUCGCGGACAGCAUAGAGGCGUUGGCGAGGACGUUUGCGAAGAAGGACUCGCAGGUCUAG